AUGGUCCCCUCGGCUGCACAGCUCGCCCUGCUCGCGCUCGGUCUUGUGUUGGCUGUGUGUCAGGCCCUGGAGAACACUACGUCUGCCUUGAGUGCAAAUCCGCCCAUGGCCGCCGCUGUGGUGUCCUACUUCAACGACUGCCCGGAUUCCCACAGUCAGUUCUGCUUCCAUGGAACCUGCAGGUUUCUGGUGCAGGAGGACAAGCCAGCAUGUGUCUGCCACUCUGGGUAUGUCGGAGCGCGCUGUGAGCAUGCAGACCUCCUGGCCGUGGUGGCCGCCAGCCAGAAGAAGCAGGCCAUCACCGCCUUAGUGGUGGUUUCCGUCGUGGCCCUGGCUGGCCUCAUCAUCACGUGUGUGCUGAUACACUGCUGCCAGGUCCGAAAAUACUGUGAGUGGUGCCGGGCCCUCGUCUGCCAGCACGAGAAGCCCAGCGCCCUCCUGAAAGGAAGGCCUGCUUGCUGCCACUCAGAAACAGUGGUCUGA